AUGCUGGGUGCGAAUAACGUGCCUCGGCCUGUAACAGCAGAACCUGUUGUUUCUAACAGUGACAACGCUCUCCAGCCGAAGAAACGUAAGCCGCGUUCCACACAGGCCGCACGGGCAAGAAGAGAAGCAGGGACUGCAACCGUAAAGACCCCUUCGAUAGAGACGACACCACCGACGACAUCGCCAUUGGUAACAUCAUCAGUCAAGUCAGCACUUCCGCAAUCGACUCAAGGCGAAGAAGUCUCGCCGAAUUCAACGUCAACCCAACCAACACGUCCCUUACCUAAGGCGCCUUCUUGGAAAACAUCAUGGAUGUUUCGGGACACUACCGGGUCGCCUCUGCGAACAAUAGAAGCAAAAUCGUUGGAGCCAGACAGUAUCCAGGUAUCUUCCGAGGGUGGCUUCGAGACCUUGUGCAGUUAUAAUUGGCAGAACAAUGGAGCAAUCUACGUUCCUGGCGCGCCUCCCAGAUGGAGCCCUCCUGCUUUACCGACCACUCUGACUCAGGAUACCGGGCGACAAUUCAUCGAUCAAAACGCUUCUCGCGUGCCCAAGUUUCCUUUUGAGCCUGCCUUCGCCGCCCUUGCUGUUAUGAAACCAAAUGCCCUAUUAGAUGAAGUCGACAUCAUUGUCAACCGCAACAGUUUGCGCAAACUUCUCGACUUCUCAGCUGGGAAGAAGCUGGAUGCGUUCUGUAUGGGUUUACAUAUGAUCGACAAAACACUUGUAAUCAGUCGCAAAGAGAGGAAUGCUCAGCAAAUGAUCCACGGCGCAUCCAACGCAGGCUAUGGACAUAAUUUCGAGAAGACCUUUACAAAGCCUGAUCAUGGGAUGGGAAACUCCAGUAGUCAUCAUAGGGUCAUCCGGUACCACAUUGGCCCUCUGAACUGUGUCGUUCGAUUCGAAGUUGACGCAUAUUAUGAAGAUCCGGACACCGCCCAUAGUCCAGAGCCUACACGUCCUUCCAAAGAAUCCGUUGACACUAUUACCGCUGCUAUGGCGCAAUUGGACAUGGCAACCCUGCCGCCAACCCAAUCCAAGAGUAGGAAAGCUCCUGCCGAUAAGUCUACUAGAGUUGUCGAGAAAGGGGUUUCCGUCGAUCCUUCGAAGCUUGCUGAAAUUAAAGCUAAAAAGUUCGCACGUCUUAAUGAAGCACUACCGCAGCUUUGGUUCGGCCGCACACCCUAUUUCAUGAAUGGCAACCACAACAAAGGCGAGGUACACUCGAUUAGCAUCAGCCAUGCUAAGUCUGAUUUCCCCCGAUGGGAGGAAGCCAAUCAAGAUAGGUUGCGCAAGAUGGUGAGUUUGCUUGCGGAAUUGCGGGGUGCCGUCGCCCUUGUACAAGGGAAAGCAGCGGUAUUAGUGUAUGAUGACAAAGGUGGGCCAUUGAAGGUUUAUGCGAUGAAGAACAAUCAGGGUGUGCUGCCCAGUGGGAUUAUCGCGAAGCAUUGGGGUAACAGCAAAGAAGAUCCCCAGUGA